AUGUGUCAACACGGCAGGCCGCAGACCGCUUCCAAGUCGGCAGACUAUCCUACACACGCCAGCGCUGAGCCACGCCCUGUACGAGCUGGUCUCAUCCGGUCCGUUCACGAGCGUCGACUGGAAGAGUUCAUUGGCGGCCAAUUCGGAGACUACAACCUUGCUUCGGUUCUCUUCGAAGCCCGCACUGACGACCCCAAGUACGUCUCGAUUCAAAGCUGGACACCCAAAGCUGGCACCAAGCCUACCUUCGACGAAGCAAAGCGUCAGACCUACGUCAAGGCGGACAAGAGCAUCAAAUUUGGUCCCUCAUGGACCAAUCACUGGCUCAAGCUCAAACUGACCGUACCUAAGGACUGGAUCAAAAAGGAUUGGGUUCAACUCGAGUUCGAUCCCGAAUGCGAGGCUCUGAUCUAUUCCGAAGACGGCCUUCCCCUCCAAGGUAUCACAGGCGGAGGAGACAAGCGACGAGUAGACUUUCCACUCAAGCCCGAAUACCGCCAUGGUAUCACCUUCUACAUAGAAGUCACCGCCAACGGCAUGUUCGGUAUGCCGGCAGAUGGCUCGGGAGAUCCUGAUCCCAAUCGCUACUUCGACCUGGCUUCCUGCGACAUUGUGGUCAAGCGUCCGGAAGCUUGGAAACUUAUGUGGGACUUUGAGCACCUCUUGGGAUGCGUCAAAAACUUACCAAGGGACACCGAGCUUCAAAACCGCGCUCUUUGGGUCGCGAACCAGAUCCAGAACACUUUCCGCAAAGCUGACCUCGACAGCAUCUCUCGUUGCCGCAAGCUCGCCCAAGAGAUUCUCGGCAAGGACUGGGAUGAUAACAUCGAGACCAUAUACGAUCGAGAUGUAGUCGAAGGUCGUGAGGAUGUUCGGAUCUGGAGUCUUGGUCACAGUCACAUCGACAGCGCCUGGCUUUGGCCCUACUCUGCUACCCAGCAAAAGGUGGCACGUUCCUGGUCGACUCAAAUUGAUCUCAUGGACCGAUUCCCGGAACACCGCUUCACUGCAUCGACUGCCCAGCAGUACCAGUGGCUCGAGACUCUGUACCCGAAGCUUUUUGAAAAGCUUAAGGGUUACAUCGAGGAUGGCCGCUUUCAGCCCAUCGGCGGCUCUUGGGUCGAGUGUGAUGCCAAUAUGCCGUCAGGCGAGGCUUUUGCUCGACAGUUUCUUUAUGGUCAGCGAUACUUCCUGUCUCGCUUCGGAAAGCGAUGUGACAUCUUCUGGCUUCCCGACACGUUUGGCUACAACGCUCAGAUCCCUCAGCUGGCUCGUCAAUCCGGUUGUGACUACUUUUUCACUCAAAAGCUCAGCUGGAAUAACAUCAACCGUUUUCCUCACAACACGCUCAUGUGGGUCGGCUUGGACGGCACUCAAAUCAUCGUGCACAUGACUCCAGUAAACAACUACGACUCUAGAGGCUACGUCGAAGAGAUUGUUCGUGGCAUCAAGAACAAUGCCGAUCUAUGGGUCCAACCUCACGCACUGAUGCUCUACGGAUUCGGUGAUGGCGGUGGAGGUCCCUCAGAGGAAAUGAUCGAACGCAUGCGACGUGCUCGCGCUGUCAACAACAACGGCUUCAAGGACAUGCCUCGUGUCCACAAUGGGCGCUCGGCCAAGGACUUUUUUGAGCAUGUCCGCAAGGUGACCGACAAUGGCAACCGCUUGUCGACGUGGUCGGGUGAAAUUUAUCUCGAAUUUCACCGCGGCGUCUACACCUCUCACGGCUCAAUCAAGCAAUGGAACCGUCGGUUCGAGGCUUUCAUGCAGAAGCUCGAAUGGCUUACCACGCUUGCAUCGAUCAAAGCCAGCGGAUACAAAUAUCCGAAGGAGUCGCUCGAUGCCAUCUGGGAACCCCUUCUGCUCAACCAGUUCCAUGAUUGCUUGCCAGGUAGUUCCAUCCGCAAGGUGUACGACGACCUUGAAGAAAUGUACGCCGAUAUGGCCAUCAAAGGCAAGAAGCUGUGGCGCCAGGCUCUUAACGCUCUCGGCGUCGGCGAAGAAGUGGUAGCUUCCAGCAAGAGCGCCUACACCGCGAUCAACUCCUUGGAUGUGCCACGCCGCGAACUGGUCGAGGUACAGCUUUCCAGCCACAUGCCACGUGCUGAGGCGAUCGCACUCUCGCAUCAGUCGAUGCAACUGUGCAAGACUGGUCAGAGCGCACUUUUGCUGCUCGAGGAUGCCAGCGGCCGUGGUCAGGCGACUGUUGUUGACAACCAAAGCAGCUCUCUUACUGAGUCGCAGACGGUGAAAGCGGAGGAAUUCGAGCACAACAGCUUUCUGCUCCAGAGUCCUGCCAUUGCUGUCAAGGUUACCAAGGGUCGCAUCACCUCUAUUUAUGACCGUCUCGCUGACCGUGAGCUCAUCGAGGGUGGUCGCACUGCCGGUCUCGCCAUCUCGGAGGACUAUCCUCCUCAGUUUGACAACUGGGAGACCGAGGUCUACUCGCUCGACACCGAGGAGGAGAUUCCAUUCACCAAUGUGCGCAUCGCCGAAGCAGGUCCUUGGCGUGCCAGUCUCGCGCUCGAAGCCAAGUUUGGUCAGAGCACGGUUCAGAUCAACAUCGUCCUUGACGCUGUUUCCGCCACCCCCCUUGUUACCGGCAAAGACGCACGCCCGCUCCUGCGCUUUGACACACAGAUCGGCUGGUGGGAGAAGCACCGCUUCCUGCGCUUCAACGUCCCCACGCGUCUCCGAUCCGACGUUGCCAGCUUUGAAACGCAAUUUGGAAUCACAAGGCGUCCGACCACGCGCAACACCAGCUGGGAAGCAGCCAAGUUCGAAGUCUGUGGUCACAGAUUCGCCGAUCUUUCGGAGGAGGACUACGGUCUCAGUAUUCUGACUGAAUCCAAGUACGGAUACAGUGUUGAAGGAGGAGCGAUGAGGCUGUCGCUGCUCAAGGCGGGAACGUACCCGGAUGCGCACGAGGAUGAAGGCUUGCACCAGUUCGCUUUCGCUCUCUAUCCGCACGUUGGUGGCGUGGGUCGAGGCAAAGUGGUCCAAGUCGCCAGGGUCUUCAACGCUCGUUUCGAUGUGGACUAUGGACGUCAGUCUAGAAUCGACAUUGCCACACUGGAGCGUAGUGGCGCUGCUGUCACCCGCACAGACCUGCAGAUGCCGAUUGAGAUCGUCGAUUCGACCCGCGCCGGCGUCGUUUUGGACACAAUCAAACGUGCUGAGGAUGACUUUGAGUACUAUGGUCAAAAGCCCAAGGACCCGCAUUCGUUUGGCAUCAUCGUACGACUCUACGAGUCCCUUGGAGCACACGCCAAACCCACGAUCAAAGUCAAGCUGCCUGUCAAAGACGUCAACCUCACCAACCUGCUCGAAGAUGUUGAUGCGGACAAGAAGGAAGAAAUCAACUUCAACACGUAUACUGAUGAGGAGGACAGCACCUACGUUCAGCUCGAUUUCAAACCGUUUGAGAUCAAGACGCUCAAGAUUUCUAUUUAG